CAGUUAUUAAUAAUUUAUAAUACAGUAUGACAUCAUGCAUGAAAUCUUCACACUGUUUUAUUCUCUUCUACAGGGGGACAGAAAAUGGACAGAAGAGGAGAGAAUAAAAAUGGAGGAAUCUGCUCUGCUGACCGAAUUAAAGGAGGAGAGGUUUCCUGGUCCUGUACUGAAGAACUUAAUGAGUUUAUUAGAAGAACAGAAAUCACAGGAGGAGCAACUGAAGAAAACUGAGACUGAACUGGAGAACACAGCCAAACAAACAGACAGUAAAAAAGAAGAUGGAGAGAGAGAGAGCAUCACAGAGAUCAGACAGAAGAUCAGAGAGAUGCAGGAAAGAAGAGUUAAAGAAAGACUGGAGAUGAGACAAAGAGAGGAAGACGAGAUCAGAGAAAAAAUAAAGACUGUUGUUGAAACUUCACGGAGCUCAGAGGAAGCAGUUCUGAAGGUAAAGGAGAUAGAGAAGCACAAAAAACAAAAACAUGAAUAUGAGCAAAAGUUAUCAGAGGAGAAAAAUGAAGAGAAGAGGAGAGAACUGGAGAGAGACGUGAAGAGAGAAGAUGAGCAGAUGAAGGAAUCAGAACAGGAGCUGAAACAGCUGCAGGAGAAGAGGAGGAGGAGGAUGAUGGAGCUCAGACUGGAGAUGGAGAACAGAGAAAAGAGAGCAGUGAAGGAAGAUACUCUCCUUAUAAAGACUGUUCUACCAGAGUUUGAGCAGAGUGUUCAGACUGUUGUAACCCAGAAACUGAAAGAGUCUGAGAGAAAGAUGGAUGAAAAAGACAGAGAGUUAGAAGCACUGAAACAGAAGCUCUCAGAGACGGAGAAAGAUAAAGAAAAGCAGCUGGAGGAGAGAAAUAAAGAACUUAAAGAAAAGAACACUGCAUUAGAGGAACAAAGAAAUACCAUAGACAAGCAGAAAAAAACUAUAGAGGAGAAGAAUGAACUGCUGCAGGAGAAAGAGAGAGUACUGACAGAAAAUAUAAAAACUGUGGAGAUGAAGGACAGAGAACUGGAGGAAAAGGAGAAACUUCUCACAGAAUUAAAGGAUGAACUCACACAAAGAACAAAGAAAUUAGAGGAGGAGUUUAAAUUACAAAAGGAAGAAAUGGAGAAAAGUCUUCUGGAGAAAAAUGAAGAAUUAAAUUAUAUAAAACAACAAUUGAAGGAUAAAGAUAUAAAACUGAAAGAGAACGAGAUGAUCAUUAAAGAACAUUUAGAGAGUAUCAGUACGAGAGAUCUGACUUUAAAAAACACAAAUGAAAGAUUACAAAGUGUUACUAAAGAGCUUCAGGAGAAAAACACACAACUGGAGAAAAACAACAAACUGCUGAGAGAGAAAGAGAGAGAACUGGAGAAGAAAGAGAAAGAGGUAGAAAGCAGUAAAGAACAGCUGGAGACACUGGGAAAGGAGCUGCAGGAGAAAGAGAGAGUACUGGAGAAGAAAGAGAAAGAGGUAGAAAGCAGUAAAGAACAGCUGGAGACACUGGGAAAGGAGCUGCAGGAGAAAGAGAGAGAACUGGAGAAGAAAGAGAAAGAGGUAGAAAGCAGUAAAGAGCAGAUGGAAAUACUGAGAAAGGAGCUGCAGGAGAAAGAGAGAGUACUGGAGAAGAAAGAGAAAGAGGUAGAAAGCAGUAAAGAGCAGAUGGAGACACUGAGAAAGGAGCUGCAGGAGAAAGAGAGAGAACUGGAGAAGAAAGAGAAAGAGGUAGAAAGCAGUAAAGAGCAGAUGGAGACACUGAGAAAGGAGCUGCAGGAGAAAGAGAGAGAACUGGAGAAGAAAGAGAAAGAGGUAGAAAGCAGUAAAGAACAGAUGGAGACACUGGGAAAGGAGCUGCAGGAGAAAGAGAGAGAACUGGAGAAGAAAGAGAAAGAGGUAGAAAGCAGUAAAGAACAGAUGGAGACACUGAGAAAGGAGCUGCAGGAGAAAGAGAGAGAACUGGAGAAGAAAGAGAAAGAGGUAGAAAGCAGUAAAGAGCAGCUGGAGACACUGAGAAAGGAGCUGCAGGAGAAAGAGAGAGUACUGGAGAAGAAAGAGAAAGAGGAAGAAAGCAGUAAAGAGCAGCUGGAGACACUGAGAAAGGAGCUGCAGGAGAAAGAGAGAGUACUGGAGAAGAAAGAGAAAGAGGAAGAAAGCAGUAAAGAGCAGCUGGAGACACUGAGAAAGGAGCUGCAGGAGAAAGAGAGAGUACUGGAGAAGAAAGAGAAAGAGGUAGAAAGCAGUAAAGAACAGCUGGAGACACUGGGAAACGAGAUGCAGGAGAAAGAGAGAGAACUGGAGAAGAAAGAGAAAGAGGUAGAAAGCAGUAAAGAACAGCUGGAGACACUGGGAAAGGAGCUGCAGGAGAAAGAGAGAGUACUGGAGAAGAAAGAGAAAGAGGUAGAAAGCAGUAAAGAACAGCUGGAGACACUGGGAAAGGAGCUGCAGGAGAAAGAGAGAGUACUGGAGAAGAAAGAGAAAGAGGUAGAAAGCAGUAAAGAACAGAUUGAGACACUGAGAAAGGAGCUGCAGGAGAAAGAGAGAGAACUGGAGAAGAAAGAGAAAGAGGUAGAAAGCAGUAAAGAACAGAUGGAGACACUGAGAAAGGAGCUGCAGGACAAGAGCAGUGAACUACAGGAGAUGAUGAUCCUACUGGAGCAACAGAAAACUGAACUGAGAGAAAAAGAUAAACAGCUUGAAGAGAAGGAGAGACUUCUAAGAGAGAGAAACACACAGAUAAUGGAGAGAGAGAAACAGGUGGAGGAGAAAGACAGACUUCUAGAGGAGAGAAACAAGCAGCUGCAGGAAAGAACAGAUCCAGACCCAUCAGCUCCAGUCAGAAGAAGAAACAGCAUGGAGAAGAUUCCUCCAUCCAUGAGUGGAGAGACUCCAGAUUCAGCAGCAUCACUCAGGAGAAGAAGCAGUCUGGAGGAACUUCCUCCAACAAUGAGUGGAGAACGGUGUAGUGCAGUCUCUCCAGCAUCAGGUCCUGCAGCAGAACUCAGACUGGUGCUGCUGGGGAGGACUGGAUGUGGGAAGAGUGCAGCAGGAAACUCCAUCCUGGGCAGAGAGGAGAGGAGCCAGGCUGGAGCUUCUACAGUGAGGCAGCAGAGUGAGAGCAGACAGGGGGAGGUGGCUGGGAGGCAGGUGACUGUGGUGGAAACUCCUGACUGUUUCUGUCCUGGACUCUCUCUGGAGGAGCUGAGACAGAACGUGGAGCACUGUGUCCGUCUGUCUGCUCCAGGACCACACGCCUUCCUCCUAGUCCUACCAGUGAAGCAGUCUACAGGAGAGGAGAGAGGGAUGCUGGAGAAAAUGGAGGAGAUGUUUGGAGAGAGAUGUUGGAGGAACACCAUGAUCCUCUUCACUGUUACUGAUGAAGUUCAGGAGAAGAACAUUGAAGAGUUUAUCCAAUCAGGAAACCAGGAGGUCCAGAGACUUGUGGAGAAAUGUGGGAACAGGUUUCACUGUCUCAACAUUAAGGAGAGUGGAGAUGGUUCUCAGAUCUCAGAGCUGCUGGAGAAGAUAGAGAAGAUGGUGGAAGAAAACAGAGAGAAAUUCUACAGCAGUGAGAUCUACCUGGAGACACAGUCUCAGAUCAGAGCAAUGGAGACAAAGAUCAUCAGAGAAAGAGAGGAGAAGAGGAUGAUGGAAGAGAGAGAGAUUAAAGAAAAACUAGAAAAUGAGAUGAAGAACUCUCUGAGAAAGAUAGAGGGAACUGUACAAGAACAUGAAGGAGAGAUAAAGCAACUUAACGACCGAACAACAGAACUAGAAAGAAGGAUGAAAGAAGAGAGGGAUGAAGAGAAAAAGAGAGAACUGGAACGAGAGCUAGAAAGAGAGCUAGAGAGAAGAACAGAGAUGGAGGAAAAGGUGAAGGAACUAAAAGAAAAGAGAGAGAAAGAGAAGAGAGAGAUGGAGGAGAGACACAGACAGGAGAUGGAGGAGAUCAGGGAGACGUAUGAAGGAGAAGCUAGAAUUGAGGCGGAGAGAAACCUGAUGAAGAUCAUCCUGCCUGAACUCCAGAAAAACAUCCUGCUCUCAAAGUUAAAUAUGCAGGAAGAGUUCAGCAGACAGAUGGAGGAGAAGAAUGAAGAGCUGCAGAAACUGAAGAAAAGAGUUUUAGAACUCAGUGAAACUCAUUCACUCAGGAAGGAGGUUUACCAGACAGCUGUGAUGAGAAUUGCAGAGACAGAAAGAAGAGGCGCAGCAUCAGAAAAAGAACAUGAAGAAGGAGAGGCUGGAGGAGUGCUGAAGUGGCUCUUUAGAAAAAAGGAUCAGAGUGAAAAAUCAGGUGGAGGAGUUGUGGAUGUUUAAUUUCAGUUUCACUUUUCCUAUAAUAGCAUUUUAAAAUGGAUCAAUCAAAUUAUGAUUUAUGAUCUAAUUCUGAACUAAUGCAGUAAUGAUGAUGUAGGAUAAUUACUGUAUUUAUUUAAAUUCUACUUUACCGUCUGACUUUGUCAUAAACAGUUAACCAAAAACUGUUAUGAGGACUUUUCUGAUUUCAGUUUUGGUAAAAGACUUCAGGUAAAAAUGCUCCAGUGCAUUAAUCUCACCAGUUAUUACUAAAUGGUGUUCUGGCUAACACUAAGGCAGGUGAUCCUAAAUCUAUUUCUUACCUAUUUCUACUCUGUAUUACUGCUUUCUUGCUUUAUCUGCUCUUUAACUCGGGAUAAAUUUGUCAGUUAUUGGAUUUUCUGGAUUGUUUGUGUCAGAAUAAGAAACCAGUCACUUUGAAUUCCCUUUAGGAGUCAGGUGAGCUCUGUGUGCACUAUUUCAAUAGUGCAGCUACCUGAACAUGUCCAGCGCUUCCUUAACAAGUGGGGUGUACACAGGGCUGGACUGGGACAAAAAAACGGCCCCGGCAUUUUUGGUUUAGACCGGCCCCUCAUAAUUAGUGGAGCACUAGCGUCUUGUAAUGUAUGUAUGUGGGGUUACAGAGAAGCAUAAUGUAUCAUGUUAAACAUAAGAAGUUUAGUAUUUUGUUUUGUCUAUUGUUUGAGUGCUUUUUAAAACAUGUUGAUCCACAGCAUAGAGGCUACAAACUCAAACUAUGCAGCCUUUCAACACACCUUUAACCUAAAUAUCUCAAAUACUAUGAUGUAGCCUAAAAUAUACACUUGCUGCUCAUCCAACACUUCUCAUUCUUGACCGUUUGCUAUUUUAUCAGCCAUUGCUCCUCAUUCUCAUGUAAUAGAGCUAAUGUUACCUCCAUCACCUCAAAGUCCCUGUGUAAUUCUAACUUUACUAACGUUACUACCUGCUUACAUGCUACACUUUCCUGCUCAGUCUGUCCCUCGGUUUCUCCGUCACAAGCCUGCUCUCCCGGUCUGCUGCUUCUGUCUUCACCUAUUGAGGACUCGGAGGCUACAGCAGCGAACAUGUCUGUGAUUUUUAAACAUUUUUGUAGCAGCUUCAGUGAAUCUUCUCCGCACCCGCUUUCUGCCGCUGUGGUUUCUCCAUACUGCCUCUCCUUUAACAUACAAGCUCAACACUGAACGUACCACGCAGAGAGAGGGUGGGGCCGCUUUCCUCCUAUAUCCUGAUUGGUUCAGUCCACAGUGUAUAUUAAAGAUGGGCCAAUGGGCCGUCCCCUCUAUAUUGUGGGCCGGUCUCUUAGAAAAAAAAAAGAAGGAAAAUCCACCUGAGGACUGUCGGCCCACCAGGCAAACGCCAGGUACGCCAGAUUACCAGUCCAGCACUGGGUGUACACGCAUUGGGCAUGCGCCUGUGUUGACAAUACACUACCAAGAUAGCAAUGAACGUCUGACUCUUAACGACUCUCUAGAUUGUUUUCAGUCAGAGGCACACCUGACUGACAGGCCUUGUCCUGUGUAUAAGACACGGCACAUAGUGCUGUUCUCCCACUUUAUACAGUAUAUAAGUGCCCGUGGGAUGGCUGGGAAUUUAGAUGAUUGGCACAUAUUUAAUUAUUUAAUAAGGCUUAACAUCAUCUACUAUUAUAACUUCUGAGAGAUUUCUAUAAACCUUCACAAGGCUUAGUUUGAGAAUCACUGGUUUAAACCGAAGGUACAAUAAGAACAGAUUGAUAACUUUGAUACCACAAGGUUUAACCCACAGGUUGACUUGCAUUCAGAUAGUUUUAUAAACUGUCCCUUUAACUUCCAGUGAUUACAAAACCUAAGAAUGAUUUUGGGGAUCUGGUUUGGAUAUUUCCUCUUAAGCACCAUCAUCAUCAUCGUCAUUGUUGUCUUCAUCAACAUCGGCUGCUAGAAGUGAUAAAUAAACAACUAAAGUGAAUUAAAGUAAAUCAGUUUUAGCAUCAGAUUUAUUUUACAGUAUGGAGUAUUGUAUCUGUGUGUAUCUGUGUGUUCUGUUCACAUUACAGAUGUUCUCCUGUAAGAUCACAUCUGUGUUUUGUACAUAAUAUGAACACUAUGUGUAAUAUUAGUGGUUCUGUUUGAACUGUUCCAAUAAAAAAAUAUCCAGCAAA